AUGAAUAUACCCAACGUUAUCAAGAUCGACGCUUGCAUUGAGAAUGCAAGUAAUGGUGCUUACCCAAGAAAAGUUGAAGAUGUCCCCAAUUUGAUUAUCAAUCUUGUAAAAUCAUUAAGGUCAACUUCAGUCCAAGACACAAUACCUGCGGUAACAGCAGAAACAAUAACUCGAUACAAAAGUGAUCUCAACACUUUUAUUGAAAAGUUAACAAAGGCUGAACUGGAGGAUUUUGAACUGGACAAAACAUGCAAUCUUGAUAUGGCAACACAUCUCGGUUUACGAAAUAAUAUACUGGCGACGUUGUUGAUUGAUAUCUACGAGGUCUCAUUGGAAUGUGUAUUUCUGACGCACGGUAUUACUGUGCAGUCUAGUGAAACGCUAUUAACUCUUUUCAAAAAAAGAAGUUCAUUGAUUACUCGCUUGAAGGAUUCUGCUACGAAUGAAAAGGGCAAAAAGAUUACCAACGUUGCCGAACAAACACAUGUCAGCCUAGAAUUUACGUCAAAUAUAAUCCAAUCCAUGUUCAUUCCUAGCCAGAUAAAAGCGGAAUAUACCCAUUGUAUCCGUGAUCUCAAAGCAAAUAUCGAUUUUACUCACUUUCUAAUUACCAGUACUUCUAAUAGCUUAAGAGCUGCGAUCAAUGACCUUUAUUGUCAAAGAGAUGAACAGCAUUUUGAGUAUUGUAUUAUCAUUUGCAAAAUAUAUCUGAAGAUCCUAACCAAUGAAGAUUCAGACAGUACCUACGCUAAUCAGCUGUCCACGAAAAAGGCUCCGUCUGUUUUGGGUUCCAUUGCCAGCUCUCUCUUAACUAUUAUUGAAAUAGUAAGACAUGUGUGGCCUGAACAACUGGCUAUGCUCCUUAAAUCGAUCGUGGAGCUUAAUGAUGAUGAAGACGCGCAACAAAAUGAAACGAAAAAUCGUGUCAUUAUUGACUUUAUCAUGAAUAUCAAGGAGAUUAUUUUCAAAUAUCUCUCUGGUCGCACACCUAUCUACAAGGAAGCCUCUCAAGUUAUGCAGCUUGCUUCAUUUUUAUGUGACAACUUGGAAAAAAAGGAUCCCGACUACGUCAUUCGAUCACGCCAUGUCGUCUCAUGGCUAGAUAACUUGGCCAAGGAACGUCCAUUGGAAGAAGUGAGUUUGGCCAGAGACAUCAUUACUUUACUGAUCCAAUUGUGCGCCAACAUUGGAGAAUUUGAUGUGAUACAAAGUCUUUGUGAAGAUAUUCAUAUUUAUAUGGGUGAUAUCGAGGUAGUUACAGAAGACACUGAUGAUAUGCAGCAGACAACUAAAUAUGCGAUCAUCAAUCCAAAAACCUUGCCUGUCAUCCUUAUGAAAAUAUUCGAGUUCUUGGACCAUUCAUUGGACGAUCUAACGUGGUGUAUAGGCAAACUCAGGCUUUCCUCAGAAUUAAAUAAUGAAGACACUACCAGAUUGUUUGAGAAGGAGCUAUGCAAAAGGCUUGUAGCCCUCAUAAUGAUUCUGAGCCAACUGGUGAAGUCUGUCUUAACAGAUGUACAUGCUGAGAGUUUAUUCAAGACGUUAGCAAAAGCUUACAAAACAUUCCAUACACUUGUAAAAUACAAAUUGGGCAAUGUACAAGAAAUUUCUCAAGAUUUUAUCAGCGUUAUUAGCAAAUCAGGUUCUGAAAUAACGACAAGAAUGUAUAAAUUUUUAACAGUUUACGGGCAAACACAAAGCUUUGAUCCAUCCUUUGUUGAUGCUGGCGGUUAUAAGAAGAAAGGCAAAGGUAAAAGUAAAGAGGUGAAUCUUAAGCGUAGGGCCAAGAUCCAGCGGGAGUCAAAAAUGAUACCCAAUUUGAUUUUUGCUGUGGAACAGUUUGAACGCCAUUUGAUUCAAUUGAGCAGGAAAUCGAAGAUCGAUUUCAUGCAAUAUAUGAAGCGUAGCACUUCCCGUGAUUUCAAGAUUCAAAUAGACUUGGUUAUGCAGCAAAACGGCGAAUCUAGUGCUGAAGAAGAUCAGCUUGACAAGGAUGAGAAUAAUGAAGAAGACGAUCCUAUUAGUCUUUUUAAAAAGAAAAGGGUCAAUAACGAAGAAGAAGAGGAUAGUGGUAACGAUUAUGGAACCGAGGGAUCUGCAUCGAACAAAAGAGCCAGGAUAUCAUAG